AUGGCUGCCGCACAACCACCUUCAUUCACACCGAGGCUGUUCUCGAACAAUUUCACAGUGAGCACUGCGAUACCUCCGACAACUGGCCUGGUGAGCUUCACGUUGCCAUACAGCACCUUGGUCACACAACCUUUGAGUACCAUCAUCACCGCGGCACUCACUGCUUGGCCUCCGCAAGGCUCAAGUAUUGUGUUCGCGCAGCCCGUCACUAUCAAUGUAGGCUACCCGACUACUUCAAUACCUGACAACACACCGAUAUGGGGAGCCUCAACCGGCGCCGUCGCCAGUUCUAGCACCUAUGUGCCCUCGACUCCAAGCGCCGUUCAAUCCCAACCUGGAGUCAUACUGAGCAGCACGACUUCGGCUGCCAUCCCCACAAGAGUACACACAUCGACCUCGAGCUCGGCAGCAACUUCAGUGCCCGCGAGUGCGGGCGUUGGACAUGGUUCGGCAUCGCCAUCAACACUCUCGGCGGGCGCGGUUGCAGGAAUCGCCAUUGGCUGCAUACUUGCUGGCUUGGCCAUUGGCCUGCUCGCUGCAUGCUUGCUGUUGAAGCGCAAAUACAGACGACGGGCGGCGGUUGAUGGUGCGGUGCCUCAUGCCGAGUCGAAGCCCUACGCGGACAGCGGCGGCACGAGCGACAUCCAGCUCGGCCAGUUUCUUCUCGACGCGACGUCCGACAAGGACAUUGCGCGCGAAGUACAAUCACUCGGGGGCCUCAUCCGCCAGCAUGUCGAGAACAACUACCACACGGACCCUGUCACCGUCGACAUGGGUACACUGGAGCAGUCUCUUGUGCAACUCGGGUUCACUGGCGACAAUGAACCGCCAAGGGGUCUUAUCAUGGCCUUGUGCAUCGACCCAAAGACACGCUACGCCGGACUUCAGCAUGUCAUCCUCCGCGUCAUCUUCGCCUGCAUCAACGUCGACCCGCGUGGCCCGUGCUCGCUGCUCCCUCCACCAGCCGCUGCAUUCCUUCAGUCGAUCCCCACAAUCGAGGCGCAACAGCAGAGUGGCCUCUCGGGCAAGUGGUCACUUAUAGGCUCCAGAGCUAGUAACGCGGACCAAGAGACGGAAGCUCUCCUCCUAGCUGUUUCGAAGUGGCGCGUUCUCUCUGCGUUCUUGUUGCAUCCCAACCGCGGUAUGCGUACCGCGCUACCGGCCGAUCGCGGGACGGCAUUGUCGCAAGCUCGCGCCCUCGCGAUCUACCUCGAUAGCUUCUUGAACAACUUUGUCAGCUCAGACUCGGGAGUCUGGCAGGCGCAGGAGAGCCACCUCGAGGCGGUGAUUAUGGAGUGCACAAAGUUGGGGUAUGUGCUGUUCUCUCACCCAAGUGAGUGGAGGGUGGUCACGGAGGAAGCCCCAUCAAAGAACAAGAGAGGGCCGACCGUGGUUGUUGAGGCUGGGUUGGAAAAGCUCAGCGAUCGCUUUGGGGUGCUGUAUUCUUCACCGAAACGAGUAGUGGAUCCUGUUGUCGUCUCGUGUUAA